AUGGACCAAAUCCCUUUCGACAUCUGGCACCUCAUCUUCCAGCUCGUUUGCACCGACGGUGGUGCGGGAGGUUGUGCACUCGCACGGACCUCCCGCAGUUUCCGCGCGUUAUCUGCGCUAACCCGCUUUCACACCGUCUGGCUCACGAGCAUCACCGAAGUGAAAAACUUCCUCAUUUGCGUCGAGCGAAUUCGCCGCUUCGGCACGCGAUCGGACUCCAGCACCCCGUCCCCUCCGAUCACAAUCCGCCACUUGUUGCUCUCCUUCGUUGCUCCGACGUGCGACGCGCCGCCCCGCUCGCUCCGAACAUGGAAAGACUACGCGCGCACCGAACGAGCGCUCGUAUUCCAAGUGACGCAAGAUCAUUACUCUUGGGAGGCAGCCAAGACCGUAUGGAACGCCGAGGCCGUACUUCACCUCUCUCACCUCCUCACGCUCGCCGCGCCGACGCUACGCUCACUCGUCCUCGUUCAGUGCGCCGAAAUCCGUCUUCCGCUCCUCCGCGUCCCCGACGGCGGCUUCCCCGCGCUCGCCGAGCUCACCCUGCUCGCGGACGACCGCGCGUUCGUGCGCGCGCCGGGCCCCGGCGCCCUCGUCUCCGGGCAAAACGACCCCUCCGACUUUGACUUCUACGGCGUCGCCAACGACUUCUCGCCCUCCGCCCCACCCACCUUCCCCGCUCUCACCCACCUGCACGUCGUCUGCACGGGCCCCAAGCUCCACGGCUGGGAGCGCACCCUGCCGCGCUGGACGACGCUCGCCCCCGCCCUCACCCACCUCCGCGUCUCGCAAGCGUCCGCGCGCGUCCCACCCGUGCUCGCAGAGCUCCUCGGCGUCCCGCCCGCCCAAGAGCCCGAGACCCCAGACGCGUCCGCGGCGGCGUCGACCGCGGGCACGCUCGGCGUCGCGUCCGACGACGGCACCGAGUCCGCCGCGGCGCGCCGCUUCCUCGCGGGCGCGGACGGCGCCGCGCCGCCGUGGCCCGCGCUCCGCACCGUCGUCGUGCAGAUGUCCGGCGCGCGCAAGGCGCGCGGCGCGAGCGCGGAGGUGUACGCGCCCCGCGUCGUCGCGCUGCGCAGCCGCGCGUACAUGCCGGGCCACUGGGAGGCGCGGCUCGCGUGGGACUGGCGCGAGCGAUGCUGGGCGGGCGGGUGCUGGACGGAGGACGAGGGGACGAGCACGAUGACCUGCGUCAUGAACGACAGACUCAUCAUCGUCGCCGCCCCCGUCUGA